UUUGCCCUUUGAAACAACAAACAAUUUUAGCCAAGAAACAACCAUGGAAUAUUCAGAUGACAAGCUGGCUACACCACCAGAAUCUGAAACUCCGUCGAUGGCAUCAUCUCGUGUAAAUUGCUUUGUGGGUGAUGUAGCUCUUAGGGUCUCACUAUUUGCAGCAACACUUGUUGGAGUUGUUUUCAUGGUGACCAGCAAGCAGACAGAGCUUGUGGCCGUUCCAGGAGCUCCGGUGGGAGUGAAGAUUCCGCUUACAGCAAAGUUUAAUCAAGAGCCGGCCUUCGUAUAUCUCGUAAUAGCAUUAUUGAUUGCUUGUUUAUACAGUAUCAUAAAAAUAGUUGCGAUGUUCUUGAAGGUUUUCAAGCCUACAUUCUCAAAAAAAUUGUUACUUCAUUUUGCUUUGUUGGACCUGUUGAUUUUUGGGGUAGUAGUUUCAGCAACAGGAGCAGCCGGUGCCGUGGGAUAUGUUGGUUGGAAGGGGGACGGUCACGUUGGGUGGUCUAAAGUAUGCCCUAUUUAUGAUAAGUUUUGUGGUCAUACAGCAAAAUCCAUUGCUAUGUCACUUCUCGCCUCUGUUAUUCUUUUUUUGCUCAGCAUGCUAUCCAUAUUCUCUCUUUACAAACGAGCUCGUGAUCAAUUAAUUCAAGCUAAUUAA